UGGAAAGAACAGGGUGUUUUUCCAUGAAAGGCUUUCAGGUUUCACCUCUCCCCAUCCCUGCCCCUUACUGCACUGUGCCAUAGGGGACAUCACAAGGACGCACGGAAAUGCCCUGGAUUUAUGAAAACCACAGAAAACUGGCAUGUUCUGUAUGCUCCUACCACCCAUCAGCUGUACCAUCCCAUACACUUCCCGAUCCCGAGGCCGCAGCACAGCUGGUGUGCCAGGCGGGAUUUGGUUUCCCACAGGCGCCCUCAGCCCCAGGGCCGCCGCGGUGCCAGUCCCGUGGCUGCGGUCCCAUCCCCUUUCCCGGCAGCCCUCCAGGCUCCACGGUGACCACGGCCCUUCCCCACAGCCAGACCCUGUUGUUGUUCCGAAACUGUUGUGCAAUCAAAUGUACAAGAAGGUGGUGCAGCUGACAGGUAGAGCAAGUGAGCUGCAGGAAUCAGACCUCAUGAAAAAAUCAUCUGGUAAUUGUUUUUCACCAGAGAGGAGUGGCACCUCUAAGGGAAUGGUGGAAGGACGCUUCGGUUUCAGGGCAUGCUGCUGACCAGACAUCCUCCAGCACCCUACCUCUUUCUUAGAGGUAAAAUCACCCAGCUUUACUAACUCUGACAUCACAAAAACUUCAAUAGUCAUCUGGCGAGAAGAAUAAAUAGAGCUAGAUACAGAAGCAAAACCCAGAAGCAGCAAGCUGUUGGUUUUCAUCAGCUUGUUACUGAUCUGCCUUUGAUGUUUCUGGAUGCAACUGUCAAGGUCAGCCAGUACUGAACUGAGUAUGAUAAUUUGUUACUGUGGCCAGUGAUAUGGCAGUAUGUGGAGUAAGUGAGAGGAAAACUUCUUUGUUCUUGGAGAGGAGCCUUCUCAGUUGGUGCUAGAGUAGCCAUGGUUCUGCUUACACUCAGUGUGACUGCUGGGAAAGACAUCAAGGAGUUUCCCUCCACGAAGUCAUCAAUAAGGAGUUCCUACAUUUGAAGGAUAAGGCUAAAAAAAAAUUGAGAGUGCACCAAGAGAACAUCAGGUUAUCGUGCAAAGGCCUCAACAUGAAGAAGUAUGAGACUAAUUGAUUAAACUACUCAAACCUGGAAAAAUGGCAUCCUGAAGAACACAGGCAGCGUGGGCAUGUCCUUGACUGUCUGGACAGCAUGUGGUAUCCUCUCACUUUUUGGUGCCCUCUGCUAUGCUGAACUAGGAACAUGCAUUAAGAAAUCUGGUGGUCACUACACCUAUAUCCUGGAGGCCUUUGGUCCAUUACCUGCUUUUGUGAGAGUCUGGGUUGAACUACUCAUUAUUCGCCCUGCUGCCACAGCAGUGAUAUCGUUGGCAUUUGGACGUUACAUUUUGGAACCUUUCUUUAUGCAGUGUGAAAUCCCAGAACUUGCGAUUAAACUUAUUACAGCUGUUGGCAUCACACUGGUGAUGGUCCUGAAUAGCACAAGUGUCAGCUGGAGUGCCCGCAUUCAGAUGUUCCUUACCUUUUGCAAGCUUGUAGCAAUUCUGAUAAUUAUAGUCCCUGGAGUUAUCCAGCUAAUUAAAGGAGAAACACAGCACUUUAAAAAUGCCUUUGCGGGGAAUGAUGCCAGUGUUUUGGGACUACCACUUGCUUUUUAUUCAGGAAUGUAUGCCUAUUCAGGCUGGUUUUACCUCAAUUUUGUUACUGAAGAAGUGGAAAACCCUGAAAAAAACAUACCCCUCGCAAUAUGCAUUUCAAUGAUUAUCGUCACAGUUGGCUAUGUGUUAACAAACGUGGCUUAUUUCACUACAAUCAGUGCUGGGGAAUUGCUGCUUUCAAAAGCUGUAGCAGUGACCUUUGCCGAACGGCUAAUGGGAAACUUUUCUUUAGCUGUACCAGUGUUUGUUGCUCUCUCCUGCUUUGGAUCUAUGAAUGGUGGUAUUUUUGCGGUCUCCAGGAUGUUCUUCGUUGCAUCCCGCGAGGGUCACCUUCCGGAAAUUCUCUCCAUGAUUCAUGUCCGCAAGCACACUCCUCUGCCAGCUGUCAUUGUUUUGCAUCCUCUCACAAUGAUAAUGUUAUUCAACGGGGAUCUCUACAGCCUCCUGAAUUUCCUCAGUUUUGCCAGGUGGCUUUUUAUUGGACUAGUAGUUGCUGGGUUGAUUUAUCUCAGAUAUAAACGUCCUGAUAUGCCUCGUCCUUUCAAGGUUCCUCUAUUUAUUCCAGCAUUGUUUUCCUUCACCUGUCUCUUCAUGGUUGCACUGUCACUUUACUCUGACCCAGUGAACACAGGGAUUGGAUUUGCAAUAACCCUGACUGGCAUUCCUGCCUACUACCUCUUUAUUGUAUGGGACAAGAAGCCAAAGUGGUUCAGAAAGCUCCUAGACAGGGUAACCAGAACAUUGCAAAUCCUCCUGGAAGUCAUCCCAUCAGAGGAAGACCAGAAAUCGUGAUCUUCAUGUACAGCUUUUGGCUUGCUGUUUCAUUUCAACCUGAAAUCAAGAGAGCAGGGAGAUUUAUCCCCCUUCUCAACAUCCUGCAAACUGGAGGAACAAGUCACAGUCGAGAUGGAAACCGAGCAAGUCACUUACCAGAACUGUAUUUUACAAUGCUUUUGCAAAAUAUUUUUUAAUGUGGUUGGUUUAUAUGUAGAAAGCAAGAACUUGUGUUAUGAGGGAACUCAUCUCUUCAAUAGUUCUUUUGUUACAGAGUCCUAUUUUAACAAACUGUAGGUUCGUCAAGCUAGGAUUUUCGUUGCCUUGUCACUGAAAACAGGUUUAAGUGAUGUGUAAGUAGUAGUGGGGUCUUCUGUGAAGAAUGUAUCCUGCUUGCUGUCCCUGGAGUUCCCAGCUGUCACCAGAGAAAGGGUGAGAGAAACCUGCUGAGUUUCAGAUAAUAUGUUCUUCCUGUCAAACUGUUUGGCAGCCUGAUUUGACUUCUCUUGUCUUGCUGGAAGCCCCAGCACACUGAUGAUGAAGCACAGCGGUUUCCACACCUUUGUGGUGGCAAGUUCAAGACUUCUUCAUUCCAGAGCUCUUAUACUAUGGCUGACAGGAACAUCUUUUGAGACUUAAUAUUUCUGCCAGUGGGGCAGGAAGAUUUUAGCAUGGGAACAGUAAAUUUAUGCGUGUUUAAGUUUUUACCAGUCUGGAGAUGAUUACUGGUUUUACCAGUGUUUCUUUGUGUACGUGUACACAGGAAAUCCAGCAACUUGAGUAAUAACCUUCAAAACAGUCAAAACAUUUGAAUGUCAUCUCCGUUGCUGUAUGAAUAUUUCCUAUCUGGAAGUGUAGGAUCCUGCAGUUAUCAGUCAGGCAAACCCAAUUUAAGAGUUUUAUAUCAGUGUUGGUAGGCAGAAAUAGAUGUCACUGGUGGGAACUCGGUAUAGACAUGGCCAUAAAUGCAGUGCCUUUUUAUGAAUAAGGUAUAAGGCAAGCUACAGCACAUUUGUUGAUCUGAGUAGGAUAUGCGCCUGAUCCGUGGGCUUUUCACUCAAGCACACUCCAGUUAACUGGGCUUUGGAACACUGAGGAACAGGUGCUCUGCCUGCCUUCUCAGGGUUUUAUCUCAGCAGAACAGAGAAAAGCCAUCAAAACUGAUAAAAUCAAAUUAAAUUCACCUUCAGAACUGUUUUUGAGCUGAGCUCUGGCUCAAGUAUGAGCUGAAGUUUUGCCCUUUUUUUAAAGAGAGUUGUAGAUAAAGAAAUUUUUUAAUGCUUAGAAAUUCAGUUUUAUAUUGUUAACGACUACUCAACCUUAAGAUUAAGGUUUGUUAUCAUUCUGUUAAGAAUAUAAUACUUAACUAUUGAAUGCACUACUUUUUGAGCUGCCUGCUGUCAGCAAAUCGUAUGUUUCAUGAAAGCUUUUAUGGAACUAAGCAGCAUUAAACUUCCGAAAUUGGGAGAAAAGCACAACUUGUAGCCAGACCACUACAGUAAAGGGAGACUGUGUAUUGUAUAUGUGUUGUAUAUAUCCAGAAUAUCCUCUGCUUUAAGGGUGUACAGUAAUAUGUCUUAAAUUUAUAUAUGUUUUCCUUUUUUGUAUCUCUGUGGUGGAAUAUCACAGAAGUAGAGAAAUGCAAGUAAUGUAAAAGAGCAGUAAUUUAAGACACAGAAAACAUUUCGCAAACAAUUUUUUCUUUAAAUGUUUUCUGUUUGCAGUAACUUAAAAGUGUUAUUUGAAACUUUUUUUAGGUAAACAUUUUGAGACAGGUUUUUGUGUUGACAGUAGAUGUGUUUAAUUAGUGCUUACGUUUGGGUCAGAGUUCUGUCUUUGAGUUCAUCUCCUGCCACCCCUGUUUAUCAGGGUUUGGCCUGUGUUGUCAUGGAACGUCUUCAGAGUACACAAACUCUAAUUCUCUCUGAAAGAAAUAAAUUAUCUGGCACCCUUCAGGAGUGCACCUAACCCCUUCCUCCACUGACAGAUACUGAGUGCAUGGGAUCCAAAGCAAAACUACCCGAAGAGUGUGUGGUGUGUGAUUUUCAGCUCUGACUGUUUCAUCCCAUGUAUUCACCCCUAUUGUGCCACGUUACUUGAAAGUUUAAAUGUAGGCAGUGUUAACUUGUAGAAAUAAAUGGGCUCCAUAAAUAUGACUGAAUGUUGCUUUAUUUUCCCAUCGUGGUCUUUAAAGUUUGGAAAUGUUUCUGAAGCCUGAUUCAAUGAACACAUUUUUGCUGGGUUUACUUCAUGUAAGGGGUUAAUUUGUCCCAAGGGAUAUCCUAUGACUCAUUGACUGUGAAGUUGUAUAUUUUAGGAAGAAAAAAAAAUA